ACUGCAACCGAGUGAUACGCGGGAGGCAGUGUUUAUCAUCCAGCGUGAUCUGAGAGUACAUGUACACAAACUCUUACGUUAAAUACUGGAUCUGUGUUAUACCGCCUACAGGAACACGAUAUCACUACGCCGCCAGCGCUUACGGACUGGACUUCAUAAUUCCCGAUAUUAUCGGAGCGUGAACAUGUUCUGGCAGAGUAUUAAUUACAUUCGAUUUUAAUUGACCUAGAUUUUUUAUAGAGGAUUUGAUGGGCGAUACUUCAGAAAAAAAAAUGAUGAAUUUUAAAACCUAUUGUCAACAUACAUUUGAUCAAUAUAGAAGAUGAUAUCAAUAUCAUACAGAUCGUCUGUAGUAUGGAAUUAUAAUAGCUUGUCAGGAAAUUGAUCAAAAUCAUUCAGAGCUCAGAAAUGAUAUACUGAGGAAUAAUACUAUGCCAACUGUUAAUAGGAACUAUUGCAAGAAACCAAGUUGUGUGAAGGGACGGUUAAAACUAUCAUUAUAAACACGAGAAAUUCCAUAACUUGCCACGAAGGAUAUUGUUUCGAGGAGACAGCGCGGAUAAACUGGACUCUCACUGUGAAAGUUUGUGACACUUAUUAUUUCUAAAUGGAUAUCAUCUGGAAUAAAUGACAAGAUGACAUGGUGUUGCCACGGUUCGUUUCGAUGCGGUUUAGACUAUCAAUGAUAAAACCGCUAUAGGCGCAGAGCCCUCGUGGAACUGAACUGCGGGAUACAGUCAAAGAUAUAAAUUCUUAUGCGUUCUAUAUGUAUAUUGGUUGCUGAGUUUCCCGACAACGGGUUCGGAUUCUAACAUCAAGUUAAUAUGGUUUAUGUAACGAAGAUAAGAGUAACAUCUCAGAAUCGAGAAACAGGAGAGUUCCUUUUAUCCUGAUAGUGCCGUAGCGUGUACGACUUCGGAUUAGCACUGAAACGAACAAGGGAAGUCAAUUUCAGGAUAUAAGAUUACUUCGGACAUUGGUCAAGAGAUAGUUCGGCCAAAAUGACCAGCGCCUGGGUUUUAUCCAACAGGGAAUGGUGAUAGCUGUAAUAGGCCGCUAUCAUAUUGGAUUUUUCUGUGGUGACCGGUGAUAAUUUGGAGAUUGGCGAUUCAAUUCGGACCUAUCAAUUUGAGCAUUCGGCUGCAUUGACCGGCAACUGGACAAUGUCCACUCGAGAAUUGUGAUUGCUCCGAUAGCGAUAUUGGAUUUUUCUAUAUGCAUAGGCAAGCUAAUAAUUUCACGUAGUCUGUAAGAAUCGGUAUACAGCUCUGCUCUGCCUAGAAUGGUUUACAUAAAACGCUAAACAUACAGAGCGAAUUGGAGCAAUUCAAUCAAUUUGGAGAAUAGCUCGCGUUCCAUAUGUUAUGAAAUAAGGCAGUUUUCAUUCGUUAUUAAAUGUCUUGUUUUGUGAUACCAGAUUCCACUAAAUUAUUUUGUUAAUAAUUGUGAUUUCAACAAGAACGGAGCGAAAUACAAGCGUUUAUGUGCGAGUGCGCGUUUUUCAAAUAAUUGUGACGUUUUAUUUGAUUUCAAACCGUAAAUCCAAAAUCAAGGAUUUUUUUUUUUAACUCUGACAUGUUACAAGUUAACAGCAAUAAACGGCCGGAAAAUUAACUAAAACUGACAUUACAAAGCUAUAAAUAUCGGCGUUUGUUUGGGAAACCGACAGUUGUUUAAGUGUUUAUCUUGGAAUUCCAGAAAUAACUGGUUGUAUCUUUGUUCUAAGCGAGUAAAUAAAGUCUCUGUUGAAGUUGACAACCCAAUGUGUAAAUGCCGAACUGUUUGCUUGGAGUAACAAUUGGUUAAUGCAGUAUUUGGAUGCGGUAUGCGGUGUUCGGUUCCAAUUACUUGCGCUUACUUAACACGCCCGAUUACACCAAUUUUACGCUCCAAUGAGCCUAACGGAAACACUUUCACGAUAACUGAUCGGCUUGACUAGCUGCAGUAUUGGACAUUGGUCAAGAUUUUGAUGGUCAGUACGAUUGGCCGAUUGUGAUUGGUGGAUUACGAUUUGGAUUUUCUUAGUCUAUAUAUAGACGGGAAACUAUUCUCAGGAGACAUAUAGAGUUUGGGUUGUCCGUUUGUCUUAGUAGCCGAUUUAAUUGGAGUUCAAGUGUACAAGUUGUUGUUUACUUAAAUCCGAACGGAACCUUAAUCACAUUAAUUCGAGAUUGCAUUCGUCAGUACCAUAUUGCCAAGUAAUACUUAAUUGACAAACAAAAACAGAAUAGAUCUUAAACUUAUUUGCAAUGAGAUACAACAACGGAUAAAAAAUGCAGAGAUCCCUUGCCGGUGUUGUCAUGGCAACGAGUGUGACGGUAAAAACAGACCACUGAAGAUUUGAGUCUGGAGUAAACUAAAUGUGCGUUUUUUUCUUUCUGUGCUUGUGAAAAUAGAAAUGCUGAACAAUGAUAUCUUUCGUAUUCUACAUAUGGAUCUUGAUAACGGCACUUGUCGCCGCUUCUUGUGCUUUCAGCCUGCUUCAGCCAUUUUGGAUUUUACAUCCGGACGGAAUCCAUUCCUUCGGAGUUUAUAUAUACUGUAAAGGAAGCGAGCUCGGUGAUGCGGGCAGUCUACUAACGACCCGGAUGUGUUCUUUUUACGGUGGUCAACUUAGUGUGGUCAACAUUCCUUCAGGAGCGUGGCAGGCGACAUUUUUACUAUUUUCAACCGGAUGUGCCAUUUUGCUCGCCAGUCUCGUUCUGGGUUUGGCGGGAAUGUUCAUGGCGACUCGAUGGCUUCGGAGGCUGUCAUGUGCUAUGACGUACAUCCAGACAUCCGCAGUUCUCAUCUUGACGUCAGCAUUGAUUGCGUACCCCUUAGGAAUGACGUCACCCUUCUUUCGCUAUUACUGCGGACCUACAGCGGAAGUGUACAAUGCGGGACAGUGCAGCAUGGGUUGGAGCUAUAUGCUGGCCAUAAUGGGGACAGCGUUAUCCAUCUUUUGUCCAAUUUUAUGGAAUUUGCGUGAUUUUAAAUCAGAACAUGAUGAUUAUCCAUUUAAUUUAUGAUAAUUAUUUUCUCGCGUUUUUUUUCCAUAUGAAUCAAUUUUCAAUAUUUUCUUAUUUAUUUAUAUAAAUGCAUUAUUUGUUGAUCCUUUGGAGGAUAUUUUGAAAACUACUGUUUGUUUAAACAUUGGAUCAGAUGUUUUACAUAAAAAUCUAGUGUGAAUGUAUUUCUAUUUGUUUGAUU